GAGUAAUUUCAGGAAGAUUAGAGAGAAAAGUAGGAAUACGAGUAAGUCGGCGAAUGCACGGCCCAGAUUAAAUCAUCAACAGAUCAACGGUCCACAACAUUCGAAACACACUAUAUAUUUCACAAAACCCUAAUCCAACCUUCUUUCAUUUCCAUUUUUCGCAGCCUCCCUUCACUCUCUUCAGAGUUUCUAGGGUUUCGCAUUUCAGCUUAGCGAAAAUGGUUCUUUCAAAUGAUGUCGACUUGUUGAACCCACCAGCAGAGAUUGAAAAGAAGAAGCACAAGCUCAAACGUCUUGUUCAGUCUCCCAACUCUUUCUUCAUGGAUGUGAAGUGCCAAGGCUGCUUUAACAUAACGACUGUGUUCAGCCAUUCUCAGACUGUGGUUGUUUGCGGAAACUGCCAGACUGUGUUGUGCCAACCUACUGGUGGUCGUGCUAGACUUACCGAGGGAUGUUCUUUCAGGAGAAAGGGAGAUUAGAUAUGAUAGUGAUUGCUGUAGGUUGAAUUUAACCUUCAAAUGAGAAUUUUGGUGCAGUACUCUAUUUUCUUAUGUCUUAAUUAAGAACCAAGUGUUUUGGAGUCUAAAAUGACUUGAUUAUGUUAUUGUUCUAAAUUUUGGUAUCCAUUUUGGUGUUGGAUUGCUGCUCAAA